GUGGCCUGGCCCGUCAGACAGGCAGGGAGUAGGUGAGUGUGAGGGCGAGAGAGACUGAGGCGCCGCCGUCUCCUCGGACGCCGGCGCCGCCUCGCCGACGCGUCGCUCGGGUCCUCGGACGCCGGCGCCGCCGAGCCACUUCGCACAUACUAGUAGCCGGCUGUUUGAUGAAAUGUCGACCUGCAGUUCCAAGAGGGCGCGAGGCGCCAGCGAUGGUGUCGACAGGCUCAGCAGCCUUCCCAACGAGCUGCUCCACCGCGUGAUGUCCUUCCUGCCGAUGCCGGAGGUCGUGCGCACAAGUCUGCUCUCGCCGAGGUGGCGCUAUCUCUGGGUCUCUACUCCAUACAUCCGCAUUGACCACCAGGACUUCAUGGAUGACAGCAAGUUCAAGAAUUUUGGGAACCGCCUGCUGAUCUUACGUGACGGCGCUACUUCCUUGGAUGAAGCCCGGAUCUCUGCCCACAAUGUUGUUCGUGGUACAUCGUGGUGUGAGUGGAUUCGUCAUGCCAUCAUGCACAAAGUUCGUCUACUUCAUGUUUCUGCAUAUGCCCCAUUGGAUAGCACAGCCAUGUUUCCUUCACAGCACCUCAAAAUAGUCAGGCUCCAAUUUAAUUUGUUGGAACAUGGGUUCUUUAGGCAGCUGAACUGUGUCUGCUCAGUGCUUGAACAUUUAGAGCUGGAGGGUUGCGGUUUGUCUGAAGUAAACGAGAUCUCAUCGAGGUCACUCAAGGUUCUAUAUAUCAUUCGCUGCCUUAUCGUCAAGGGCCUCGUAAUUUGUGCUAGCAACCUUACCCAUCUCUCUAUCGUUGACCCAAGAUGUCGUUCUGGUGCUAUAGUAACUAGGGAUCUGCCUUCUCUAGUAACAGCUUUGGUUAGUCUGAGAUCUGACAAUUUUCAUUAUAAGGAAAACACAAUACUGGGUCAUGGUCUACUUGAUGGCCUCUCACAUGCCACAACCUUGCAGUUGCAUGCACCAUUACCUGAGCUCACACUCGAGAGAGGCCUGCGGACAUGCCCGGUGUUCAGCAGCCUGACAAGUCUGGUAUUGGGUGAUUGGUGCAUGGCUGCUGACUUCUACCCGCUGCGUCGCAUUCUACAUCGCUCGCCCAAGCCGAAGGAGCUAAGUUUUAAGCUCGAAAUGGAGGAAUGUAGAAAAUGAAUGUACCGCCAUCUUCAAGGGCAGUGUCGGACUCAGGCAGCUAUCCUUGCAUUGACAGGAUCAAAAUCUACUGCCAGGAAGAAAGAUCCAACGGUCAGUGCGUGGCAUUGCUACCGGUUGUCGGUCUCUGAUCUCUGUUAAUCAAGAGCUUGUUUUAUUUUUAAGACCUGGCAUCUUUGAUGGGUGCUAAGUUAAAGAGCUGCUGGUGACAGAAAGUGGUUGCCAAAUGAGUGGGCAUCAUGUCUUCUGGUUCCAGAACCACCACCAGGUUUUAGAUGAUGUGUGUGUACUUGUUGCGAUUGGAAUUCGCUAUAUAUGUGUCAAUGUGUGCGAUGUGAGACCACCUCCCCUGCGUCUGAGCCAACAAUAAGGAAAAGGUUCAGACUGAAAACUGCUUGCAUCCAAA